GAAAAGCAUAAACCCAUCAUCAAACGCUUCCCCUUUAUCUUCUCUUUUCUUGUGUUCCCUUCACUUUUAUCAUCUCCACCAUAUAUUAUUUCGAUUUUGUAAUCAUUCCUUCCAUUUCCACCCUGUUAAAUCUCACUUCCAUCUCAUCAAUUUUAUUCUCCUAUGUCAUGUCAUGUGUGUUGUUAGGGUUUCGUUUCAAGGAAUCUUCACCAAUCGACUUUAAUCGGUAAGCUUGUUGGGUUCUUGUUAUCUUGUAAUUUUGGGUUUAGGGUAUUUUUUGAUUUCUGUUUUCGUACACUCUGGAAGAAUCCCACGAAUGUUUGAGAAUUUCUUGAAAUGGCGGAAAUUAGACUAACGAAAGUAGAACAAGGGCAAACGAAGAUUAGAAAUGUGCCGAUUGCUGUAACCCCAGAAGGAUUCUGGUGUUGUCCUUCUCCUGUUAUGUUUCAAAAAACCCUAAAAGCACAACACCCUUUAAACAGACCCAAAUCAUCAUCUUCUCCACCUACCAAAACUUCCACCGAUCAGAAGAAACAUUCAUCAGAACUCGAUAAAAAACCAUCGCGUUCAUCUUCAAAAUCGGAAACUCAAACUGUCGUCCCCGAUGAUCAACGGAAAAACGGUUUUGAACCACCUGUUGUUCUUGCUGCAUCUGUCGUCGGCGAGAGAACCGCCGUCCGGCCAAACACAGAAAAUUUGCCGAGAAAAGUAUCGAUCGAGUUUGGUGAACCUGGAACAGGUGAUUUGAAGGUGGUUUUAAAGGGUCGACAGGGGUUUACUGUGAAAUUGAGUGUUCAUAAGACUGUUCUUCAAGAAAAUAGUUCGUUUUUUGCUGAGAAAUUAUUAGCACAGCAUCCGAGCUUCCAUUGUAUCGAAGUUGAUGAUUGUGAAGACGUUGAAACGUAUGUUGAGACUGUUGGGUUGAUGUAUUGUAAAGAGUUGAAGCAAAGGUUGAUCAAACAAAGUGUUUCUAGGGUUCUUCGAAUCCUUAAGGUUGCGGAGGUACUCGGAUUCAAAACAUGCAUUGAAUCAUGCCUAGAGUUUCUAGAAGCCGUCCCAUGGGUAGGUGAGGAAGAAGAAGAACGUGUUGUAUCCUCAAUUUUACACCUCAAACACGAGUCAACCGGGGUCAACCCAAUCCUUAAACGCGUAUCAUCGGACGUAUCAAAACCUCAAAAAGACACGCUCUCACACGUCCUCCACCUCGUACUCAAAAGCACAGAAGAAAAAGGCCGCCGCGAAAUGAAAACAGUCGUCUCAAAACUCCUCCGUGAAAACAAUAAGUCAACAACCUCAGUUGACCUCCACGACACCAUUUACACAUCGUGUAAAGCUGCGUUGACUACUUUACUGCUCCUGUUCCGGCAACUGGCGUCGCCGGAGUUCGGAGAUCAACCGCCGGAAAUCAAAGAUCCGGCGGUCAAACAAAUGGUGUUGGAGUCCGACAACUUGUCGUGGCUCCUUGAUAUAUUAGCUGACCGGAACUCAGCUGAUGAGUUCGCGGUCAUGUGGGCCGGCCAGCAGGAGCUGGCCGGCCUACAUUGUAGGGUUCCACUAGUGAACCGCUACCAUGUCAGCUGUAUUACAGCUAGAUUAUUUGUGGGUAUUGGAAGAGGGGAGGUUUUACCGUGUAAAGACACGCGACACUUGCUUUUAAAGACUUGGUUACAACCGUUGAUCGAUGAUUAUAGAUGGUUGCAACAUGGGUGUAAGUCGUUUGAUCGGAAGGUGGUGGAGGAGGGGAUCGGGAGGACUAUAUUAACACUCCCGCUAGAGGAUCAGCAGAUUAUUUUACUCGGGUGGUUGAGUAGUUUCUUGAAAUUAGGUGAUAAUUGCCCGAAUCUUCAAAAGGCUUUUGAGGUUUGGUGGCGUAGAACUUUUGUGAGACCUUAUGUUGAAUCAUGACUAACUCGUUUGUAAAAUGAUAUUAUGUAAUCGUGUGGAUUUGAUUUGAUUGAUAAGAG